AUGUUUCUAAGUGACCCAAUUUCUGGGAUUUUCCUUAUAUCAGAAAUUUUCAUGGGAUUGAUAGGAAACUUGCUGCUCUUCAUAUUAUACCUGUACACCUUUUUAACUCAAACUCACCCAAGGAGGCCUGUAGAUAUGAUUUUUGCACAUCUGACACUUGUCAAUGUUUUGAGCAUCGUGUUCAGGCUGUUACCAGAUGUCAUGUCCUCCUUUGCAGUAAGACUUUAUUUCCGUGAUGCAGGCUGUAAGGCAGUUUUGUAUGCAUACAGCGUUACCAGGGGUCUUUCUAUCUGCAUCAUCUCACUACUGAGUGUAUUUCAGGCCAUAACUGUCAGUUCCAGUCAUUCCAGGUGGGCAUGGCUCAAGUCUAAGCUGGCCUCAUGCAUCUUUCCAUCUUUCCUUUUCAUCUGGAUUAUCAACAUAUUUCUCUAUUUUCCCAUGAUUGAAAAUGUAAAGGCCCAAAUCAACCUCACUGUUGAUUCUAGAUAUUCUUAUACAUACUGUGGAAGAAACCAAGUUCGGUAUUACACCACAGUGUCACUUUUAAGUGCCAUGAUGAUUAGAGACAUCCUGUUUGUGGUGCUCAUGAUGUGGACCAGCCUCUACAUGGUGAAUUUCCUGCUCAGACAUAGAAGGAGAACAGAGCAUGUCCACAGUUCCAGCCUUACUUCCCAGUCAUCUUCUGAAAAGAAAGCCACCCACAGCAUCCUUCUGCUUGUAGGGUUCUUCGUGUUCCUUUACUGUUCCAACAGCUUUGUUACCAUCUAUUUGUUUUAUAGACCCAAGAAGAACACAGUGUUGGAUAAGAUUAGUGGAAUUCUAUCAUCAUGCUACCCAGUCACCUGUCCUUAUGUCCUGAUGAACAACAGGAAAGUUAUUUCCAAAUGUAUUUCUUCCUUUUCAAACUUUAAAUUUACCCUCCCCACCAGAGGAUACACUAGCUAA